AGGGGCAAAGGAGAUCUUGAAACUGAGGGCUGAAAAUAAGAUCAGAGCGUCCAGAGGGGAUGUUUCUGGUGACCUCCAGUCCUCCAGGAGUAGUGCUCUGUGUUACCUGGGCGCAGGUGGAGGUUUGGUUCCGGGGCUGCAGUCCUACCUGCUUGCAAAUGGUGGCCGCUCCAGUCCAGGAGGGUCCAGCCUUCCCACGGACUCCCCUCCCUCUCACCCUCCAACCGAGGAGGAGAUGGAGGAGGAUUACUACGGGAGCACCACUCACUCUGGACUCUACCAACACAUCUACGGGCAUCCUGGAAACCCCUACAUCCAAGAGAAGAUGGAGAUGCUGUCCCUCCCAUUGGCCAAUGAGCGUCGGCCCUGUGUGCUGGUUGGUCGGGACAACAUGGCCCUCCCUGCCAGUCUGAUCAGUCAGAUCGGGUAUCGCUGCCACCCAUCGCUCUACACUGAGGGCGACCCGGGAGAGAAGGUGGAGCUGGUGGCAGGUUCAGGUGUGUUCAUGACUCGAGGUCAGCUGAUGAACUGUCACCUGUGUGCCGGAGUCAAACACAAGGUGCUGCUCAGGAGACUGCUGGCCACGUUCUUCGACAG